AUGCCGACGGACCCGCACGAACUGUCCGAGGGCGACAAGGUUUCGUGGAAGUGGGGGCAGGGCCACCCAAAGGGCGAGGUCAAGGACGUCGUCGACGGCAAGGCAGAGGUCAAGACCAAGCGCGGCAACACCGUCACCAAGAACGGUGACGACGAGGACCCCGCCGUCGUCAUCCAUACCGAGAGCGGCAGCGAUGCCAUCAAAAAGGCCAGCGAACUGGAUGGCGUCAAGCCCUAG